AUGGCGGAUUGGUCGCACAUCGAGUACGUGACGUGCGCUAUGCACGUGCUCGACCUCCUGACGGAGGACGUGAGCAAAAUCACGUGGUGCAAGGACAUUGUGGAUCGGUACGGGGACAUGAUCAUCUAUGUUCGCAACCACCAUUUCACCCGCAAUUACCUGAGGAGUGGGGCGGUGAAGGGAGGAAAGGGGAAGCAGCUUGUGAAGUCGGUGGGGACUAGGUUCGGCACCAACUAUAUCGCCCUCUCCAGGCUCCUCCAGCUGCGGUCCACAUUGUCGCAGAUGGUACUGAGUGAGGAGUAUGCCAACUGCAGUGCGAAAGGCAUGAUGGGAACCAUCUACGACCUUAUGCUCCAGCUAACCGAGGACGUGAACACCAAGCUGGAAGCAAGGGAGAAGAUUCUGCCGCGGGCGGUUGCGGCUGAUAUUGGGAAGAUUGCUAGGCGCCGUUGGGAUGAGAGCCUUGCUUGCGCGCUUCAUGCUGUGGAGCAGAUCAUGAACCCGGCAAAUCAGGAAGAGGGUAUUUUUCGCAACGACGUGGAAUGUACCCGCAUCUUCAAGGCGUUCAUCGCACGUCACUACGACGGCAAGACCUUCACCAACAAAGAUGGUGAGGAGAAACGGGCCUCUCUUGUUUUGCAGGAGGGGCUUACGGCCUUCCUCACCCUUGAAGGCUCCUUCGGCCUCCCUGAGGCAAUUGCCGACAGGGAGGCCGUGAAGGCAGGCAAGCACUCGAUGGUGCAGUGGUGGGGAUGGGAUGGGACUGACCACCCCCACCUGGCCAGCCUUGCGUGCCGUGCCCUGACACAGCCGGUGUUUGACGAUGGGUCCAACUUCCACCCCUCGGUGUUUGACGACGGCUCUACCUUCCACCCGUCAGUCCUGGACAUGUCAGAGGACGAUCUACUCGGCCACUUCACAUCUGGUGUGGCCAACGUGGCCGCCAUCUCCCUCAGUGCCGACUACCCCACGCUCGCCGCCGUGCCGCACGUGUUUGCCAACUCGUACAAGAACGUCAUUUCUGUUGCGCUUGCUCUGGAUGAUUAUACCUUCCCCCUAGCCGACAAGGUCAAGGAGAUCCUCGCGGAUCCUUCCAAGUUCAUGGUGGCAGCGGUGGCGGCGGCGCCGGCAGCAGCAGCUGAGUCGGCCAAGGAGGAGGCCAAGCCGGCAGAGGAGGAGGAGGAGGAGUCUGACGACGACAUGGGCUUCAGCCUCUUCGACUAG